AUGGCUCAUAUCUUCAAAUUUACUUCAAUACUUUCAGAUAGAAGAGCUUCCAGUUAUAUCAAGGCAGGAGGAUACAAGAAUUUGGAAUGGUACAUUGUCAGAGGAAAUCCAGGGGCAGCUGGAUAUGGAUUUCUUUGCAGAGGUGAUCAGGGGGAGUUUAUAUAUGCAGAAGCUAGAGGUUUGGGGAUAGCAACAAAUUUUAUUGCUGAAGUCAUGGCCAUUAUUGGAGCUGCAAAAUGGGCAGUGCAAAAUAAUAAGUUAAAUAUAUGCAUCAACUCUGAUUCCAGUGCAGCAAUAAAAGCAUAUACUUCUGGAGGCUUACCAUGGAUCUGUCAGACAAGAUGGAACAGAAUAAAGGAAAUCCUUAUAAAUAUUCAAUUUGUACAUAGCUUGAGAGAAAUAAAUUUCUCAGCUGAUUCUCUGGCUAAGAAAGGUGCAGGUUUGGAGAGGGGUACUAGCCAAAGAUUCAUAACAAAACCAAUUUUCAUAUCUGCUAUGGAAUCUCCUGACAGAUGUUACUAUAGGUUUUGUUAG